AUGACUGCUCGAGUCGCACCUGGCUCCUCAUCCUACACUGAGCCACCUACCAUCAUCUCCCCAACUGCCGACCACGAUGUUCGAGGCCGUAAGAGAGAACGAAGCAUGACCCGACGAGGCAGCGUUCGCUCAUUCCGAGCUGCACCAGCAGACGAGUCUAGCAACCUCCGAGGCCGUUCCCGCCGUCGUGCCGCUUCUCCAGCUCUAAGCUACACAUCUCGACCUUCCUCGCCUAGAAGGGUACCUUCUCCCACCCGACGUCGUCUGCUUCAUGCUCGCCUUCGAAGAGAGCACUGCCCUUCCCGAGUUUCAUCCCCCAUUGAACAGCAGCUCCAGCAGCAUCUACCUGCUCGUCGAAGGCAGCGAACUCGGAGCCAGAGCCGGGGCCCUCGGUUGGAGAUGGAGCUUGGAUCUCAACAGCUCACCGAUGGUCUGUCCGGGUUGCGGAACGAGGUCCGAGCCUCGUCGUCUGACACCGCCGACGAAGUAAAGUCGGACGCUUAA